AUGUCAGGAGCAUCGGACUUUCUCAGUAAAGGAAUAGACUUGGUUCAAAAAGCCAUAGACGCAGACACCGCCACGAGGUACGAAGAAGCGUACAAACUAUACUACAAUGGGCUCGACUAUCUCAUGUUGGCAAUCAAAUAUGAAAAAAACCCCAAGUCUAAAGAACUAGUCAAGUCGAAAUUCACCGAGUACUUGACUCGGGCCGAGCAGCUCAAGGAACACUUGGAGAAACAGCAGGCCAAGUCCAACUCUGCCGAAAACUCCUCGAAUGGAUCAACCAAGGCUCGCAAAUCUGGCAGUGGCGACAACGAUGACGAUGCCGAUGCCGAUACCAAGAAGUUGCGAGGUGCGUUAGCGAGCGCGAUUCUCUCGGAAAAGCCCAAUGUCAACUGGUCCGAUAUAGCAGGUCUAGAUUCGGCAAAGGAGGCGCUUAAGGAGGCGGUCAUUUUACCGGUCAAGUUCCCGCAGUUGUUUGUGGGCAACAGGAAACCUACGUCGGGGAUCUUGCUUUAUGGACCGCCGGGUACCGGUAAAUCCUAUUUGGCAAAAGCCGUUGCGACGGAGGCCAACUCGACCUUUUUCAGCGUAUCUUCAUCCGAUUUAGUCUCGAAAUGGAUGGGUGAGUCGGAACGGUUGGUGAAGCAGCUAUUCACCAUGGCGAGGGAGAAUAAGCCCUCGAUUAUCUUUAUUGAUGAAGUCGACGCAUUGUGUGGGCCUCGUGGCGAAGGCGAAAGCGAGGCCUCUAGAAGAAUCAAGACCGAGUUGUUGGUGCAAAUGAAUGGCGUGGGCAAUGAUUCGCAGGGGGUCUUGGUGUUGGGGGCAACUAAUAUCCCCUGGCAGUUGGAUGCUGCGAUAAGACGAAGAUUUGAAAGAAGAAUAUACAUUGCUUUGCCUGAUGUCGAAGCCAGAUCGAGGAUGUUUGAAAUCAACAUUGGCGAAGUUCCCUGUGAGUGCACGCCUCAUGACUAUAGAACGUUGGCCGAGUUGACCGAUGGAUACUCGGGCCAUGAUAUCGCUGUUGUUGUGAGAGACGCUUUGAUGCAGCCAAUACGGAAAAUCCAGCAGGCAACGCAUUUCAAACCUGUGUUUGAUGAUGAUGAUGCUGAUGAUGAGGAUGCUGGUGUUGACGAUGGUGAGAAGAAGAAGAAGAAGGAGAAGUACACACCGUGCUCGCCUGGUGACGAGGGAGCUAGAGAGAUGAAUUGGAUGGACAUAGGCACUGACGAGUUGAAAGAGCCCCUGUUGACGAUCAAAGACUUUAUCAAGUCAAUCAAGAGCAAUAGGCCCACGGUUAACCUGUCUGAUAUCGAGAACCAUAUCAAGUUUACCGACGACUUUGGUCAAGAGGGAAACUGA